AUUUCGAAAAGACCCAAAUGUGUGUAUUCCAUCUAUAUCUAAAGUGGGAAAUACUCCUGUUAAAUGUAGCGGAGAACUUUUAUUCUCCGAUUCCUUUGAAAAAAAUAUGGAUAAUUGGAAGCACUACGUGAUCCAUCGGUUCCAGCAUCCCUACCGUGAAGGCGUUUCUUUUAAAAUGUCAAAGCAAAAUAGUUACAUAGAAAACAAAACAUUGCAUUUAAAGGUUACCAAUUGCACUAGAGAAACCUUUCUGGAAAAUUGUUCAUAUAUUGGAACUGAUGAAGUUGAUGGAAAUUUAAAAUGCGGCACUCGUGACAAAAAAGAAGAAAGAUAUUAUCGCAACAACUUGCUUCCACCAUUUCAAGCUGCAAUGCUACAGUCUAAAACAAAAUUUAGGCAUGUCAGAAUUGAUAUUGAGGCCCAGGUUGCCCACGGAGAUUUUUUAUUUUCAGGAAUGCAGUUAGCAACUGAAAACGAUGCCAUCAACAUUGCUAUUGUGCGGGGUAACUCCGAAUUAAAAGACACUGCCAACAACGAGGUCGGAGGUAAAAGUCUUUUUGCUGGAGUUUUGAGAAAAUCUCCGGACAAAGAUAAGUUUGAACCCCACGAGGCAGAUCAAUUUUUUCGCAGCGACGAACACUUUGGAAACAGAUAUCAUACAUACUCUGCCAUUUGGAAGAGCGAUAGUAUAACGUUUAAGUUGAAUGGCCAGACCUACGCUAUAUUUGAUAACAAGGAAAUAAUGGAGGAAAUAUCGUUAAAUGGAGAGCGCCACAUUCAGUUGUUUUUGACGGUAGGGGGUGAACUUCAUUUUCCCGAUUCCCGAAUAGUAAAAGGAGGCAAUUUCGUACAUUCCAAUGCCAAAAUUUCAUCGAUUAUAAAAAGCCAUGUUAAUUCCUCAUCGUGGGUUCAACCAAAACUGAGCAUUAGGAGCAUAAAAGUCUACUCAACGGAUAAGAAUGAGAUAUAAAAACAUUAUAAAUGUUUUUGGACCUACAUAUGUAUGUUUAUGGUUUAUUAUGUAUUUCAACGUAAAUAAACGAAUAUAUGGGUAUUUCACCAGAAAGGUCAACUACAACCAGAAAACUAAAGGUCAAUAAAAUUAUUUUUUUUUUUUCACAUAUUUGUCAAGAUUAUCCAUAAAAUUUAACUAAUUAAAUCCGAUUUUGCAAAUAAUACAUUUUUAAAUAUUUCAAUAUAAAGUCAAUAAAGUGAGAAAGUUCAGUCUUAAACUUUCCACAGCACAUUUAUAAUUAUAUCAAAUAAAAUUCAAAAUGCUCUAUACCAAACCAAA